UGGGAGGAUACGAGAGAUCAUGAUGGCAACGGUAUCACCCGAUCGGGCAAUCUGUUGAUUUGGGCGUCACAACCAAACAGCAAAAUUAGACAAGUCAAUCAAUAAAUGCAGAGCAUCCAGACUCAACACAGAUCUGCAGCUCAUCAUCGCGCACGAUGGAUCAUGACACGCUGAAUACGGCGUCAACCUAUCUUAACAAUCUCCUCCUCGCUCGAGGGCUACUCCGAGACACAAAGGCCCUCGACUUCGCCAAACCGACCCGAGAGACGCGAGCACAAAUCAUCAACCUUGUUCACGACCUUCUCCUACGACGCGAUCGAGAUCAGGAAAACCGUGAGCAGAUUGCCCUGACCCUCCGAACCCUCCGCGCCGACCAGACUCGCAAAGAUGGCGAUCUCGACCGACUACAAGCACGCCUCGACAGCCAGGAGCGCUCUGUACAGCAGGCACAGACUGACGCCAGAAACGCUAAGAUCGAGAUGCGCAAGCUCGAGUCGACCACAAAAGCGCUGAACGAUCAACUUGGUCGACUGAAAGCAUCUGUUUCGCAGAUUAAGACACAAUGCGCCAACGAUGUACGGAAGCGCGACAUGCACAUCGAGCGCCUCAAGUCACAUCUUCAAGGCCAACAGAGAGGUAACAAGGGCGGUCUAGUCGCUCCCACCAUUUCUGUCAGUGGAAGAGGCCCUCACUCGUUCAAUGCAUCAGUAAGAGACAUAUCGGACCCAGAAUACAACUUGAAGCAGGAGACGACCGACUUCCUCACCCGGUUGAGCUCUGGACUGAGCGACGAAAACGAUGCUUUGAUUGACAUGAUCCGCGGAACACUGGCUACAUUGAGGGAGUUGCUUGGAAUGCCGGAACAGAACCUGGACAAUAUCAACGACGACACGGAGAACGAAGACGGCGCACUCGGUUUCGCUCACGGCUCUCUAGCCGAAGAGCUAGAGUCCAUGCUUGAGAUGCUCAAGACUGUUCUGACCAACCCCAAUUUUGUCUCGAUGGACGAGGUCGAAGCAAGAGACGACGAGAUAGCUAGACUCAGGGAGGGCUGGGAUCAAAUGGAGGCCAGGUGGAGAGAUCUGCUAUACAUGAUGAACGGGUGGUGUUCAAGAUUGGAGAAGAGCGGCGAUACCAUCAACCUCGACGAACUUAGGAAGGGCCUGGGCUUGGGUGUCGGCCUUGAGCCUCCUCCCACUGCACAAAAGCUUCGCGCCAGUCAACAUGUUCGCUCCGACAGCGACCAUGACAGUGGUAUCCAUACUCUAAGUCCCACUCUCUCAGAGGGUCACACUGUGCCUCCGAGCACUGCAAAAUCGCAAAGAAGCAUAGACCCACCAGAGUUCUUCAACCUCAACCCUCGACGAGGACAGCGUACACUCAAUAAGAUGAGCCACAAUGUCCAAUCACCACGAAAGGUCGCAUUCGCGAUGGAUGCCUCGGAGAACAUUGAUCCAGCUGCAUCGAACCCGGGCAAACUCGACACACUCAGCAUGGUCGAAGCCUCCGAGAACAGGUCCUCGCUUCCCACCCGACACCAGCCCGACUUCACCCCUUCGGCUGGCUCGAAUGACAGACUGCCUUCCAGAUCACGCGGCUCUUCACCGCCACGGAGAUCUGCUGAAGAUUCGUCCGAGCACUUACCGCAAGAGGAAGAGGAAGAAGUGCAAGAGGAAGAACAGCCUCCAAUUGCCUCAAGAAGAGGGCACGACGAAGACUCGCAACUCGAUAUCGACAUUGACGAGGAGAUAGGCAAACUGCGAAGCCCUGCAAAGAAGAGCAAGAUCCAGGGCAGGCCGAAGCGCAGGAAGAGCACACUCAGUCCGGAAGAAUUGGAAGACCUUCUGGGACUAGAGUGACGAAGACACGACCCAUCAUCACCCUUAGUUGAAAGCUUACGGACAAUUCACGACCUAUGAGAUACAAUUAUCACAUCCAUCACACCUAGCUCGUUGAUGAUAAUUCGCUUUGAUAUCGCACGUGCCCUGUCCUCUUAGUCUCGCCAUGCGUGGGCUCAGGGAUCAGAGAACUUGCUGGUGCAAGAAGAUCACUCGUCAUUUGUCGAGACUCAGCAAACGA